AUGUCUAUCUCAUCAAAUCUGAUGUCCUCCGGUGCUGAGGACGUCGAUAUUCAGUAUGCGGAGGCGGAGGGCUCUAAGGGUGGUGUUGGUCGUCGAGGAGGAGUAACAACGCAGAAGCCUAUAUGCGGAUAUUACAAAAAGGACCGCUGCCAACUUGGCCCAGAUGUGCCGGUGAGAAUUACGGGUGGCGAGAGCGUCCCGGAAGAAGCGGGGGUCGUCGUCAUCGAGUACAGCGAGCAUCGCUAG